AUGGGAAGGGGAAGCAUGGCGAGUCCCGAGGACUUUGCGGCGGACGAGAUCCGCCUGCUGGUGAGGCUGGAGCGCAUAGGGGGCUGCAUCAGCAUCGUCGCGGUGUUUUGCAUAUUUGUCGCGUACACUUUCUUUCCAAAGGUGCGCAAUGUGCAAAACACCUUUAUCGUCUUUGCGAGCGUGUCGAAUGUCGGCGCUAGUGUUGCAAGUAUCAUUGCCUUUGACGGACUGAGGGAGGGCAAAACCUCGACGCUGUGCAAAGCGCAGAGUUUCUUGUUUGAGAUGUUCAUGCAGUCGGACCCUUGGUGGUCACUGGCAAUGGCAAUCAACGUCCUGCUAGUCUUUUACUUUCGCGCAACGCCCGACUCCUUUGCCCGAUGGUGGUGGAUCUAUUGCCUCGUAUGCUAUGGAGGACCAUUCGCCAUAGCGCUUACACUGUUGCUUUCCAAGACCCCCAAUCGAGGUCCGGUGUAUGGUGAAGCAACGAUCUGGUGCUGGGUCGACAGGCAGUGGGACGACAUCCGAAUCUACACAUACUACAUGCUUAUCUGGAUUUGCAUUGUCGGGUCGCUGUUCUGCUAUGCCUUGGUGGGCUGGCAUGUCUUUCGGUCACGGGAUAGGCUUCGCAGCUUGACAGCCACUACUAGCCGAGAUCCCGCGGCAGUUGAGCUUGCGCGGCAUGAGGAAAAUGAAGGGUGCUAUGGAACUGUCGUCACCGAAGUGCAAGUCACAUCGAGCGCUAGCACGUCUCAGCCACCCCCAGCAUCGGCAAAACGAUAUCACCCAACCAAUCUGGACACGGACCUUGGAUCCCGAAGCGUGUUUGAGCAUUCGCCGACACAUGUGCCGUCUGGAUUUACUCAAUACUUUUCAUCUGUUGAGUCGACGGGCCAAAGGCAUCGUAACGCGCCGCCUUCACGGCUCACGAGAGCAGUGUCAUCGACAAUAGCAUCUGCUCGACGGUUUGUCGUGGCUGAUCCUGUCAAGCGGGCAUACUUGCGAACCAGCUUUUUGUUCGCGAUUAGUGUUCUGGUCACCUGGAUUCCGAGCAGCCUGAAUCGCAUCCACAGUUGGGUUGCCGGGUCGUCGCCGUACGAAUAUCAUGUGGCAACCGCAGCUGUCCUUCCCCUCCAAGGCUUAUGGAACUCGGUCAUCUUCUUCGUCACAAGCUGGAAUGUUUUUCAGCGACAUCGUCGAAACACGGCAGCUUCUGCCGCGGCGGCGCAGGCGAUCGACAGGCUCCAUCAGGAUACCGCCAAUCGCACUGUUGCUAGAGGUAGCGGUGGCGGUGGUGACAACAGGCAGUAUGGAAGCUUACAUAGCGAGACUGACCUAGGAGACUGCGAUUCUAGGACAAUUAGUAGUGAGAUUGAACUGCAGAGGCGGUCCAAGUCUCAGGGCACGAGUACCCCUCCGGUCUAA